AUGGACGAGGUGCAGCAGCAGUGGGACGACACCAGGACAGCGCUGGCCUCCAGGAGGCAGCUGUACACUGGUCUGAUGGAUUCACUGAAGAAGUUCCCGAGCUGCAGAGGCGUCCUGACCUCCACUCUGCAGAGAGCCGAGCAGACCAUCAGUGAACAGGCCUCGUACAUGGGCAAAGACAACCUGCACAAGGCCAUCACUAAAGUGGGGGAGAUUAAACAGGAGCUGGCCGGUCUGACUGUUCCCAUGGAGGAGCUGAAAGCCACAUGCAAACAGAUUCAGACCAGUCUGAAGAAGAUCCCGGACUGUAACCAGACUUCAUUUGAGUCUGAGGCCGACUCAAUCGUGGACACCUGGCUCGAUUUGACAGAGAAGACGGACUCGUACAUGGAUAACCUGAAGGUGGCGCUGGAGCUGUGGGACAAACAGCUGAUGUUGGGGUCAGAGGUGGACAGUUGGGCCGGAGCUAAACUGGCUCUGUUUGCAGCCAGUCACCCCUUCCACAACGAACAACAAGUCUUUGCCAUGAGAGAUGAGAUCAACAAGAAUGAAGAGAACAUCGAACAUUUCCACAGGAAGUCUGUGGAAAUCCAGGAGAUGCUUCAGAGCCGAGAAUCGCCUCUAGAACUACAGGUGAUAGAGACAGCGCUUCGUAAGCGCAUGGAGCAGGUGAAGGAGCUGUUCACAGACUGCACGGACGUGUUUGAGGAGCUGAUGGCCGUGAAGAAACAUCUGACAGAGAAGGUCGAGGAGAGUCAAAGUGCAGUGGAGAACCUGCAGAGCCAAAUCACCAAAUGUGACGUGACCAAACCAGACGCAGAGACUCAGAUACAGGUUCAUGGGACCUGUGUGAGGAGCUGGACUCUCAGGAGCUGCAGGCUGAGUCGGUGCUGA